AUGCCGAUAGUCAUUAUAGCUCUAGUCAUAGGAACAGCGGAAGAUGAACUACCGAAAAGUUUGAUCGAGAAUUGCAAACGAACGGAGCCACCACCAGAGGAACAAGGAAAAUACUUGCCAGAGCUAUUCGAUGCUUCAGCAUUUCAGUUCAAAGGACCACUCAUUAUUAAAUGUCCUAAAUUACACAUUCUUAAGCACGACCUCACAAGUGCAAAACCAGCUGAAAGCAAUAUAAAGGACCAUGUUCGAUUCGAUAAAAAUCUUAACGUCGCUUAUAAUAUCGGGGAAAAUGUUGAAAUAAUUGUUAAGAGCUAUGGACAAGGAACUGAAACUGAAAGUAGUGAAAUGACCAAAGAAAAUGGGGCAGAUGAGGACGAUGAAACGAAUGAACAGGAAAAUGAUUGCAAGAAGUUGAUUAUUAAAAACAAAGAAAAAGAAGUGGGAAAACAAUCGAAGAGAAAAAAUUCUCAAUCACAAAAGAAAAAAAGCCAGAUAGGAGAAGUGAGAGAUCCGAAAAGGAAAUGCAAACCUGUAUCAUCAAUCCGCACACAAGUAACUCAACCAAGUCGGUAUUCUGAAUCAUCGACGCAAACUCCCAGACUUAGUGACGAAGCGAAUGUUGAAAGCCCUAAAAAACAGGGUGGUGGACCGGAUAUAGCAAAUAGUCAAAAAGGAAAUUUCAGCAUUACGUAUGAAAGAAAGAAUAAACCAUUACGGGAAAGAACUUCAAAUAUCCUAUUUGAACAAACAACUCGGGCACCAAACAAAUCGAGAAUGAUAGUGUUAAGGAAAGAACAGCAGAGUGCAGUAUCAACUGAAGCAACAAAUAUCUCAUCAACAAUGAAGACAGUUAAUUUUCAUCAUUGGGUAGCUGAAGAGAUUAAUCCUUCUAUAUCCGGUUCAUAUAAAAAUGCACGGCGUACAUGUCCUACUAAUUUCAAAGUCCUAAUCAAUUCUAGUGAUAAUCCUCAGUCCACUAGUGGAACACCAACUAUUUAUUCAAUAGCUAGAACAGAUGUAUUUGCAUAA